AUGGCGUCACUGAAGCUCCAGAGUGUGAGACUCCUGGUUCACAAACGCACAUUUGGACCAAAGAAAGAAAGAAAGACCGAGAAUAAGAAAGAGAGCGAUAAAGCUGAGGAGCCUCUGGUUUGCACAAGCGGGAAGUUUUACUUUUCGACUAAAAAUGAAAACAGAGUCGUAUGUUUGUGUCAAACUAACUUAACUAACUCCCUUUUUGUCGUUGCACUGCAGCUCCUGACCAUCGACGACGACUUUUGCGGCCUCGACAUGAACGCGCCGCUCGGCGUGUCCGAGAUGGUGCGCGGCAAGCCGCUCUUCUCCGACGCCGUCGACAAAAUGAGCUCCGUCAUCGCCUACGUCUACAAGAACCACUCGCUUGUCUUCGUCGGCACCAAAAGUGGCCGCGUCAAGAAGAUCCGGGUCGAUGGCUCCUCUCGUGCUCUGCAGUAUGAGACGGUGCAGGCGGUGGACAGUGGACCCAUCCUCAGAGACAUGGCUUUCUCCUCGGACCAUCAUUACCUCUAUGUCAUGUCAGAGACCCAGCUAUCCAGAGUGCCGGUGGAAGCCUGUGGUCAAUACUCAACGUGCAGUGAAUGCCUUGGAUCAGGAGAUCCCCACUGUGGCUGGUGUGUCCUUCACAACAUGUGCGCCAGAAAGGAGAAAUGUGAGCGCUCGUCAGAGCCCCGGCGUUUCGCAUCAGACAUCAAGCAGUGUGUGCAUCUCAGUGUCCACCCAAACAACAUCUCAGUGUCCCAGUUCAGUGUAACGUUGGUGCUGGAAGCCCACAAUGUCCCCGAACUUUCAGCGGGUGUGAGCUGCAGCUUUGAGGACCUGGCUGAGAUGAACGGGUUGGUGGAUGGAAACCGGAUCAAGUGCUUUUCACCUGCUGAGAAAGAGAUGCCGCGAAUAGUUGUCGACAAAGGAGACCACCAGAUUGUGCAGCUUUAUCUCAAAUCCAAGGAGACGGGCUUGGCAUUCGCAAACACCAGUUUUGUUUUCUACAACUGCAGCGUGCACAAAUCGUGUCUGUCGUGUGUGAGUAGUCCCUACCAGUGCCACUGGUGUAAAUACAGACACGAUUGUACCCACGACCCUCGCACAUGCUCCUUCCAGGAGGGACGAGUCAAGAAUCCCGAGGGGUGUCCCCAGCUACUGCCAGCGGAGAGAAUCCUGGUUCCAGUCAACGUGGUGAAGCCCAUCACGCUGCGAGCAAAGAACCUUCCCCAGCCGCAGUCUGGUCAGAGAGGGUACGAGUGUGUGCUGACCAUCCAGGGGAGCGAACACCGAGUUCCUGCCCUGCGCUUCAACAGUUCCUCAGUGCAGUGUCAAAACACAUCGUAUUUCUAUGAUGGGAUGGAGAUGAGCAGUCUUCCCGUGGAGCUGACCGUCAUCUGGAACGGAGAUUUCAGCAUUGACAACCCUGCCCACAACAAAGUCCAUCUGUACAAGUGUGACGCCCAACGUGGAAGCUGCGGCUUGUGUCUGAAGGCAGACCCGCUGUUUGGGUGCGUUUGGUGUAAGGGAGAGAACCGCUGCACCCUCAAGCAACACUGCCCCCACCCUGAGAACCAGUGGCUGGAGCACAACGGCAUCAACAGCAAGUGCACCCACCCCCGCAUCACACAGAUCACUCCUCUCCGGGGUCCCAGGGAGGGCGGUACGCUCGUGACCAUCCGUGGUGAGAACCUGGGUCUGGAGUUUAAAGAGAUUCAGGGUAACGUGAAGGUGGCUGAGGUGGACUGCACGCCCAUACGUGAAGGCUACAUCCCGGCCGAGCAGAUCGUGUGUGAGAUGGGUAAGGCGGAGAAGAGCCAGUAUACUGGAAAUGUGCAGGUCUGUGUCGGGGUUGGAGAUUGCAGUUCAGAAUUCAAGGCAAAAUCCUCCAAGUACUACUACUUUGUGGUCCCGAGGAUUCUCAGUCUCAAGCCGAGCCGAGGACCCGUGUCUGGAGGAACCAUCGUCAGCAUCACCGGCAGCCACCUCGACGCCGGGAGCAACGUGUCAGUCAUGUUUAAGGAUCAGCCAUGCACUUAUCUCAGGAGGGGCGGCCAGUGGCUCACCUGUCGAACACACGCUUCCCUGCAUGGCUACGGAAAUGUGUCCGUGUCCGUGAGCAUAGACAGAGCUCAUCUCCAGAAAGACCUGCGGUUCGAGUAUGUGGAGGAUCCCACCAUCACUAAGAUAGAGCCUGAGUGGAGCAUCUACAGUGGCCACACACCAGUGACAGUCACGGGUACAAACCUGGACAUCAUUCAGACUCCGCUCAUCAGAGCCAAAUACAACGGCCAUGAGACACUCAAUUUGUGCGAGGUGCUCAGCCCUACGUCCAUGCUGUGCCAAGCUCCGAAUCUGGCCGUCAGCUCUGGUCGACAGCAAGAGGUGCCCGAGCGACCCGACGAGUUUGGCUUCAAACUGGAUGACGUGCAGUCCGUGAUGGCUCUCAACAACACCAACUUUAUCUACUACCCAAAUCCUGAGUUUGAGCCGCUCAGUGUGUCCGGGGUGCUGGAGCUUAAACCUGGAUCACCAAUUAUACUGAAGGGACGUAACUUCCUACCGCCUACCAAUAAUGGACAAGGAAAGUUGAACUACACUGUUCUGAUCGGAGAGAAGCCCUGCAUGUUAACUGUGUCAGAGACCCAGCUGCUGUGCGAGUCCCCAAACCUGACCGGUCGACACAAGGUCCUGGCACGUGUUGGUGGUAAAGAGUUUUCCCCAGGCGUAGUCCUCAUCACGUCCGACAGCCAGCUUAGCAGCACCGCCAUCAUCGGGAUCGCUGCAGCCGGAGCCAUGCUCAUCUUCUUCAUCGUCGUGGUGCUCAUCGCCUACAAGCGCAAGUCUCGCGAGAGCGACCUGACCCUGAAGAGGCUGCAGAUGCAGAUGGACAACCUGGAGUCACGUGUGGCUCUGGAGUGCAAAGAAGCUUUUGCAGAGCUCCAGACAGACAUUCAUGAGCUGACCAGUGAUCUAGACGGUGCAGGAAUCCCCUUCUUGGACUACAGGACUUACACCAUGAGGGUCCUCUUCCCAGGCAUUGAGGAACAUCCUGUACUCAGAGACCUUGAGGUGCCCGGCUACCGCCAAGAGCAGGUAGAGAAGGGACUGAAGCUGUUUGGGCAGCUCAUUAACAACAAGGUCUUCCUGCUGUGUUUUAUCCGCACUCUGGAGGCCCAGCGUGGGUUUUCCAUGAGGGACAGGGGCAACGUGGCCUCGCUUAUCAUGACAGUGCUGCAGAGCAAGUUGGAGUAUGCCACUGAUGUUCUAAAACACCUGCUGUCCGACCUCAUAGACCGCAACCUUGAGAGCAAGAAUCAUCCCAAGCUGCUGCUCCGCAGGACUGAGUCUGUGGCGGAGAAAAUGCUGACCAACUGGUUUACGUUCCUCCUCUACAAGUUUCUGAAGGAGUGUGCGGGCGAACCGCUCUUCUCCCUCUUCUGUGCCAUCAAGCAGCAGAUGGAAAAAGGCCCCAUCGACUCCAUCACAGGAGAGGCGCGCUACUCGCUCAGCGAGGACAAGCUCAUCAGACAGCAGAUUGACUACAAGACACUGGUAAAGGUCUCACCCGCACAUGGGUCCGGGGGGGUUCUAGUGCGCAUGUGCCACUUGUAA